GUCAUGGUCUCCAUUACAGAGCUCCCUUGUUUGUACUCGCUGAGGAUUAUGGAGGCUUGUCAGGAGAGCGGCCCUGCCCCCACCGGUCCCGGAGCGUCUCCGGCCGAGGAUCGCCACAUUGACCUGACAGAGGACCUGGGCCAACAGCUGGAGGACAUCAUUAGCACCUACCAGGCAGCCCGGAUUCCAGCUGAGCCAGAGGACAUAGAGGAGGUCACAGCUGCCAAAGAGCCAGAUGCCCGCAAGGACCAGAAACUAGAGAAGAAAAUGCUCAAAAAUCUAGGUAAGGAGGCCAUGCUGCUCAUGCAAAGUUUGAACAAACUCGACACUCCAGAGCAGAAACUGGAGACCAUCAUAAAGAAGCACGCUGAGCUGCUGGAGGAGCAUCGCAGUGACCAGAAGCAGAUGAAGACUCUGCAAAAGAAGCUGCUCCAAGUGAUGAAGGAGAAGGACCAGCUGCAGAGCGAGCACAGCCGGGCGGUGCUGGCUCGCAGCAAACUGGAGGGGCUCUGCAGGGAGCUGCAAAGGCACAACAAGACCUUAAAGGAGGAGACGCUGCAGCGGUGCAGAGAAGACGACUUAAAGAGGAAAGAGAUCACCACCCACUUCCAGGGGACCCUGAGCGACAUCCAAGCCCAGAUAGAGGAGCACAGCAGCCGCAACACCACGCUGUGUCAGGAGAACGGCGCCCUGGCAGAAAAACUCAAGGCCCUCAUUGCACAAUACGACCAGCGAGAGGCGAACUUGGAAAAAGUUUUCAAGCACAGAGAUCUGAAGGAGAAACUUCUGGAAACCAAGCUAGAGCAGGCCAAUCUGAUCCUGAAGGAGGCCGAGGGGAAGCACAAGCUGGAGAAAGAGCUUCUUCUUAAACAAGUGGCGGAGUACAAGCUGCAGCUGAGAGGCCUGAAGGAGCAAGAAACAGACAUGAGGAGUCAGCUUGACAUGUACUCCAAAAAGUUUGACGAGUUCCAAGGUACGGUGUCGAAGAGCAACAGCGUCUACAGCGGCUUCAAACAAGACAUGGACAAAAUGGCCAAGAAAAUGAAGAAGCUGGAGAAAGAGUGCCAUUCAUGGAAGACGCGCUUUGACAGCUGCAACAAGAAUCUCAUUGACAUGGUGGCUGAUAGAACCAUCAAGGAAAAGGAGUUUGAGCUUCUCACCAUCAAGAACCAGAAGCUCGAGAGUCUUUGCAGGGCUUUACAGGAGCAAAGGAAGAACCUAUCUGAGCAGGUACAGGGAGCUCAACCAGACAAACACCCUUAUGAGGAAGCGCAGAAGGAAGGCGGUGAGGUGCCGGAGAUUCCUAUAGGUCAAAAAGAGGAUCAUCCAGCUCAGGACACAGGAAACCCCGCCUCCGCUGAAUCACUAGCGCAAACAACGCCGCUAACCCAGGCACUGGCUAAACUGAAGGCUGAGCAGGCUCUACUGAAAGAGAUCGCUGGUUCUUUCACAAUAUCUCACACGGCGCCCACAGAAUCAGCAGAUAGUCAGUCACAUGGACUCUCCGAGGGCAUCGAAGGGCCAAAGGAGAAGCAAGCAGAGGGGAGCAAACACCAGGACGUCCACGAGGAUCAAAAUCAAGAACAGCGAGAUCGGGAGAUGGAGUCAGUUGAUUAAUACAGAAACCGCUGUGACAGAAAACCGGCUGCAUGUGAGAAUACAAAAAAUAUUUUAAAAACCCCAA